GAGCGCCGCUGUUUCCCCCCGGACCGUCGCGUCUCUCGGUGCAGCUGCUGUUUUGGUCUCGUGCUCCCGGUGCUCCCCGGUCCUAACGCGCUUCUCCGUUAAACCCGCGUGACCCCCCCGUGACCCCGCCGUGACCGCGCCCAGCACCGGGACCAUGACGUCAGGCGGCGGGAGCGCGCUCUUCUCCGGGUUCCGCGUGCUCGGGCUCUACUCCAACCACGUGCCGCACGCGCUCCGCUACCAUCACAAGCACCGCGAGUUCUACGUGGUGACGUCAGUAGGAAAAUGCUUCCACACGUACAACGUGAAUCGCCUCGGGAUCGUCUCCGUCAGUAACAGUCUGUCAGAGGACAUCUCGUGUUUGGCGGCAGAUCGGAUGUUGGUUUUCGCUGCCGCAGGACGAGAGAUCAGCGCCUUCGCCAGGAACAAAGAGGUGGUGCAGUGUUACCGUGGACACGAGCAGGAAGUGCGUCAUUUGCUUCCUCUGGGCGAUCAGCUGAUCUCCUCGGACGCCGGCGGUGACGUCAUCGUGUGGGACGUGCAGAGCGCCGAGUUGUACGUGCGUUUGCACUUUGACCCGUUGACCUUUGACCCGUCUGUUCUGUUUCACCCGAGUUCGUAUCUGAACAAAAUCCUCCUGGGAUCAAGACAAGGACCUCUGCAGCUCUGGAACGUCAAGACCAGUUCUCUGGUUUUCUCGUUCUCUGGUUGGGGCUGCGGCGUCACGGCGCUGGAACAGAGUCCCGCGGUGGACGUGGUGGGCGUCGGCACGGCAACAGGACGCAUCAUCAUCCACAACAUCCGAUUGGACGAGACACUCAUGAGCUUCACUCAGGACUGGGGACCAAUCACAGCGCUCGCCUUCAGGACAGACGGCGUUCCGGCGCUGGCGUCCUGCUCGCCUCAGGGUCACGUGGCGUUCUGGGACCUGGAGCGGCGGCAGAUGACGUCACAGCUGAGCCACGCCCACCGCGGGGCCGUUGCCGGGGCGACGUUCGUGCACGGAGAGCCCCUAUUGGUCACGAACGGCGGCGACAACGCGCUGAGGGUGUGGCUCGUGGAGGAGGGCGGGGCCAGGCUCCUGCGCUGUCGCCAAGGACACAGCGCCCCGCCCACCACCAUCCGUCACCACGGCAACGACGGGAAGAACAUCCUCAGCGCAGGUCUGGACGGGACUCUUCAGUCUUUCUCCACGGUUCAUGAACGAUUCAACAAAAACCUGGGCCACGGUUCCAUCGACAAAAAGAAAGAGAAAAAAAAGAAACACGGUUUGAAACAUGAAGAACUGAGGCUUCCCCCGAUCACCACCUUCUGCUCCGGUCAGGGUCGGCGUCAGUCCGACUGGGAUUCUGUGGUUUCGUGUCAUCGCGGUCGAAGCUCCGCCUCCACCUGGAACUAUCAACGCUGCACCAGCGGAGCCCACCGCCUCAGGGCCCCGCAGUGUGAGGCCAACAGCCACGCCACGGCUGUGGACAUCACUUCCUGUGGACACUUCACUGUGAUUGGCUGGUCGUGCGGCACCGUGGGCGUGUUUAAUCUUCAGUCGGGUUUGUACCGCGGCGACUUCAGAGCCCCAGACAGAGCGCACGGCGGCGCGGUGAGGGGCGUGGCCACAGACCUCCUGAAUCAGCUGACCGUCUCCGCGGGCUCUGAUUGGCUGCUCAGGUUCUGGAGAUUCAAAACAAAGAAACUGGAACAUGAACUACAACUCCCAUCAGCCCCUGCUGCCCUGCGCCUGCACCGAGACAGUGGGAUGUUGGCGUUGGCGUUGGAUGAUUUCUCGUUGUUGGUGGUCGACAUGGAAACGAGACGCGUCGUCAGGAAGUUCAGCGGUCACCACGGCAACGUCAACGAUAUGAGUUUCAGUCCAGACGCUCGUUGGCUCGUCUCCGUCUCAUUGGACUGCACCAUCAGGACCUGGGACCUGCCCUCCGGAAGUCUGGUGGACUGUUUCCUGGUUGCCGCGGCGCCGGUGGGCGUGUCCCUGUCACCGACAGGAGACUUCCUGGCGACGACUCAUGUGGACUCACUUGGAGUGUUUCUAUGGACCAAUCGCAGCCUGUGUGGCCCAGUGGGACUCCGCCCCCUGCCCUCGGACUUCCAGCCGACCAAUGAGACGCUGCCGUGCGCGCGGCCGGAGGAGGAGCAGGAAGUGACGUCGCCGCAGGACGACGACGCGUUCGUGUCACGUGAUCAGUUGGGGGCGGAGCUCGUCACACUGAGUCUCCUCCCAGAGUCAAGAUGGAGGACGCUGCUGCAGCUGGACGCCAUCAAGAAGCGGAACAAACCGUUGGCGCCUCCUGUGGCUCCGCCCACCGCGCCCUUCUUCUUACCCACAAUCCCCGGCCUCACGCCUCAGUUCAGUGUUCCCACGGCAACGGACGCCGACGCCCAGUCGAAGGUGGUGACCUGGGGCGCUCUGGGUCAGAGGUCAGAGUUCAGCCGUGCACUGGAGGACGCCGCGACCUCCGGAGACUUCGCACUUCCUGUUUCGCUGCUGAGGAAAAGUGGGCCGUCCUUCGUCUCCUUGGAGAUUUCUGACCUAUCGGCCAAAGGGGGCGUGGCCUUCCUCCGGAUGAUUGACGGCAUGCUGCGGAGUGGGCGGGACUUCGACCUGGCGCACGGUUACCUCGCCCUCUUCCUGAAGACUCACCUGAGGAACGUGUCACGUGACCCCGUCGCCGUGGAGACGCUGCUCCGCCUCUCCCCUCGCCUGGAGCAGGUGUGGGCGGAGCUUAGAGCCUCGUUGGACCAAUCCCUGUGUCUGCUGUCGUACGCCAAGAGCGCCCUGAUUUAGUACAGAGCGAGAGACCCCGCCCCCGCCGAGAGCGAGAGACCCCGCCCCGCCGAGAGCGAGAGACCCCGCCCCCGCCGAGAGCGAGAGACCCCG